UCGUUUACUGCAACUUCCUGACAUUUAUUAUCUGUACGGGAUCACUAUUCAGGAGCAAUUUGUAAAUAAACAUUAUUUCGUCACUUACCCUAUCGUCGUUGAGACUUGUGAACAGAGGCAUACCAAGAUGUCAGGAGAACCAGAUUACGAGGCAGCUAUUGGCCUCAUAAGACAUCUUCCAACUGAAGAGCUGAAGGAUCUUGUCAAUAAUGAUGAUAAGUUAUCAGAGCUUAUGAAUGAUUUACCUCAGAUGAAAAAUCUGGCAAGCGAGCAAGAAAUGCUUCUGGCAGCAAACAAGUCCCUUGCAGAAUUCAAUCUGUCACUGGAACCAAAAUUAUCACAGGCAAAACAGAACUUAAUAUCAAAGUAUGAAGAAGCAGCUCAGCUGUCUGAAGAAGUCAACACCAUGAAGGGUGAAAUGGAUUCAUCAAGUGGUCAGUAUUCAGCAGAUACACUUCAAGCUUUGUUACAGACAGCUGCUUUAGAAAGUGAAGAAGAAACUGAGAAUCUUGUACAGUCAUUCUUAGACAAAGAAAAGGACGUGGAUGAGUUUCUGAACUUAUUUCUAUCAAAAAGAAAAACAGCCCAUCUUCGUCGCAUCAAGGCAGAAAAAAUUGGUGAUGUAAUGAGUCAGUCUAAUAGUUCACAAAGUACACCUUAUCCUUCAAAUGCUGGGGGCUUUGGUGCAACACAAUGGGCCUCACCAUACCCAUCUCAGCCGAUGAACAUGCCAAUGCCUGGAUACCUUUGAAUAGCAUUAUGUUAAAUCAGAUAUUUCUGUGGUGUUUAUAAGCUAGUAUAUCAAUAUUUUUUUCUUGUUUACAUUGUUAAUAGAUAUUUCAGCUUUAAUAAUAAAUGGUACUGAUUUAUUGUAAUACUAUACUACAGUAUAUGGAAUAGUUGACUUAUGAUUUCCUGAAUACCUAGCUUUUUCAUGUCUUUUUUUCAUUGCAUGGGACUAUCCUGAAGUUUGGUAAAACUCCUAAUUUAAUGGUUUUAGAAUUUUUAUAAGGUCAUUACAAAAAUAAAGGCAUUUCGUAUGACACAGGUCUCUUAUGGGUGCGCCAGGGAAUUAUUUCUUUAAUAAGUGAUGUACAUAUAUGUAUUUGAAUCCUUUUUUUAAGUGAUUGAUAAACAUUACAUGCAUGGCUGACAUACUAUCAUGAUGGGAGUGAACUUUAAAAUAUAAUAAUUAAGGGGUAUUAUUAACUUACCCAAGUGAUAGUGGACAAGUACUUGUAUAAGCUUUAUUAGAAAAUUUUUGUAAUGUGUGUUAAUGCAAGUGGAUCCCUGCACUUAAGUAACAGGUAUCUUAAUUAUCAUUGUAAAUGACGUAAGAUUUUUUCAAAAUAUACACACUCUAAGCUAUACUUUUUCAGUAAAUGGAAUUUAUUCUACUUGCAGUUAUUGCAUAGCAGGGUUCCAAACAACUGACAGUUAUACAUGACAGAUCCACUACUGUAUUUACAUUGGGUUAGUUUUAAUACUAUACCAUUUCUGCUUUCUUUUUAUAUUUUGCCAAUAGAGAACAUAAUUGUUAUUGCAUACAGUGAGGUAAUUUUAUAGUACUGUAAUAAGUACAUUGCACAAUGAAGUGUGGUUCUAAAAUUUUUCACAAUAAAGACAACUUAGCUGUAUGGAAAUUCAUGCCCUGAGUAGGGUUGAAACCCCUUCAGUAUAGGAAUUUCUUGCCGUGACCUUUAGAUUUUGAAAGGUCUGAUACAUGAAAAAGUUAACUGUUGUAACCAAUUUAGUAUGGGGAAGAGAUUACCUUAAGCUGAAAGUAAAUAAACACUGCAAAAUACUGUAGUGUAUAACACAAUAGAUUUUAGUAUAAAACAGUAAGAUAUACCUAUGUACUCCACUGAUGUUUCUAAAGGUUUCAUUUAGUUUUAUCAUAUUCUAUGUGCAAUACAGUGUAUUUUUUACCUUCUUAUUUGGUCAGUUUUUUUUUUACAUUGUAAAAGUAGUACAGGAUAUCAAAGUGGUGUUUCUUUAUUAUCAUUUCAAUAAAGAUUAAUUUAA